AUGAUGCAUCGUCGGCCAGUCUGCAGGCUAUCGUGUCGGGCUGAAUGGUCGAAUUCAGCCUACCGAACACAGUCUUUAACAGCUCUCACAGUUCGGCGGGCCUUACGGUCGUCCGCGGCGCAUUGUAACUCGUCAGACCCAUCAAGUGGAAAUAAUGAUGGCACUGCUUCAAAUCCAGCGCCCGCGAAGCCCAAGUUCGGCAAUCGAUGGGGUCCUAAACAAACUACGCCCUCGACGGGCUUGAGUUUCGCAGAACAAGCGAUGCGCCAAACCCUUGUCGCCAAUAGCAAACCGCCGCCGCCGCCAGCACCUGCACCAUCGCAACGGAGCCGAGAACAGUCGAAUCAGCAAUGGAACUCAGAGCAAUCAAACCAGCAGAGAAAACCGUUCGCGCGGCGCGUGGGCCCUCGGGAUAAUCAGGGAUACAUGAUAGGAUCAAGAGAAACCCCACGGAACCAGGAGAGGACGUCCUUCCAAGAGAAGAACCCGUUUGAAGAAAAGAAUACAGGUGGUCACAUGAGGUGGUCGAGAGAAACCUCACGGAACCAGGAGAGGAACUCGUCCUUCCAAGAGAAGAACCCGUUCGAAGAAAAGAAUACAGGUGGUCACAUGAGGUGGUCGAGAGAAACCUCACGGAAUCAGGAAAGGAACCCGUCUAUUCGAGAAACAAAAACGGCGUUUGAAGAAGAUCACCCAUUCGCCCCUGAAAAGACACCAGGCAUAUUCCAGAGCCAGUAUCAGAGCAGGGCAACUAGGGACCGUCCACUGGCCCGCGAUGGCUGGAAAUGCCCUCAGUGCAUGGCACAGGUUUUUGCCACAAAAAAAGUGUGUCCCUUCUGCAAAACCUCUCGACCUGGCGACGCCCAGCAAAAGUUCCGAAUAACCAGAGAGUAUAACGAUUCUCCCGAGCCUUCGCAAUCCAAGGAGUUCCGGGCCCCUUCUGAGUAUACUAGAAAGUUCCAGCAAUUAGGUGACUCGGUUUUAUCUGAGCUGGAACAAGACGUCGAGCCGAAUACAACAGAAACCACAGGGCGCGAUCUAGAGGAAUCCGAUCAACCCCAAUCAAAAGAGGGAGCAGAAAAUUUCAAGAAGAACCAGUGGUCUUGGGAUAUGUCUGCGCUGGAGCAGCUAGAAAAUCUAGAGACACAAGAACAGCAGCCGCCAAAGCCUAUGAAGCGCCGCGAUGGACGCAAGGGACGCCGCGAGUCUUCUGAUGGAGCCGACUUUGACUCGGAGGGUCGGGAGCGCCUCCGCAUAGAGCGGAGACGCCAACAGAAAGAAAAGGAUGCCCAAAGGGCUGCGAAGAAGGCUGCCGCGCUGGCAGCACCGGCUCCUCUCUACCUGCCCGAAUUCAUCAGUGUUAGCAACUUGGCCGAUGUCAUCGGCGUACGGCCGGCGCAGUUUGUGCAACGAAUGGAGGAGAUGGGCUUCGAGGAAAUCACGUACAGGGAUGUUCUCGAUGCAGAAACUGCCGGAUUGGUGGCAGCAGAAUUCAACUACGAGGCUAUCUUCGACAGCGGCAAGGCAGAUUUACACGCUGCCCCUGAACUAGAGGACACAUCUGAUCUGCCAUCUCGGCCACCUGUGGUCACUAUUAUGGGCCACGUUGAUCAUGGCAAAACCACGAUCUUGGAUUGGCUGCGCAAGUCAUCUGUGGCAGCGUCUGAACAUGGUGGUAUCACCCAGCAUAUUGGUGCAUUCUCCGUAAUGAUGCCUUCCGGAAAAGCUAUUACUUUCCUUGAUACACCCGGCCAUUCUGCAUUUUUGGAAAUGCGUCGCCGAGGUGCCGACGUGACCGAUAUUGUGGUGCUUGUGGUUGCCGCGGACGACAGUGUCAAGCCGCAAACUAUCGAGGCUAUCAAGCACGCCACCCAAGCCAAGGUUCCCGUUAUUGUCGCCAUCAGCAAAAUUGACAAGGAGGGCAGCAACCUUGAUAGAGUCAAGGGUGACCUUUCUGUUCAUGGUAUCCAUGUGGAGGACUAUGGAGGUGACGUUCAGGCCAUCGGUGUCAGCGGCAAAACCGGACAAGGAAUGGUUGAACUAGAAGAAGCCAUCGUUGCGCUAUCAGAAAUGCUCGACCACCGCGCAGCUACCACCUGUAACGUCGAAGGGUGGGUUAUCGAGGCCUCUACAAAGAGUUAUGGCCGUGCAGCAUCCGCUCUCAUCCGACGUGGAACCCUGCGGCCAGGUGAUAUCAUUGUUGCUGGUACCGCGUGGGCUCGUGUCCGCACCCUCCGCAAUGAAGCUGGUGUGACUAUCAGUGAAGCCACGCCUGGAAUGCCCGUCGAGAUUGAUGGUUGGAGAGAGCAGCCAGGUGCUGGCACCGAGCUCCUACAGGCACCAAACGAGCAGAAAGCCAAGGACGUAGUGGAUUACCGCAUGGAGAGGUCUGAUACCCAGAAGAUGGGUGUCGAUAUGGUUGCCAUCAAUGAGGCUCGUCGUGACCUUCUCGACAAGCGCAGGCGCGAGAAAGAAGAGGAAGAAACAAUAAAGGAAGAUGAACCAACCGGCCCCAAGUCGGUCAAUUUCAUCCUGAAGGGCGAUGUGGACGGCUCGGUGGAGGCAGUCUUGAACUCCGUUGCAGCAGUCGGCAACAACGAAGUCUUUGCCAAUAUCAUCCGUUCGGGUGUUGGCCCUGUCAGUGAAUUCGAUAUCGAACAUGCUGGCAGUGCCAAGGGAAAGAUCGUCUCAUUCAACCAGGCCAUUGAUCCUAAUAUUAUGCGUAUUGCAGAGGCCGAGGGCGUCGAGAUUUUGGACCACAACAUCAUUUACAAACUGAUUGACGACAUCAAGUCCAUUCUCAGUGAAAAGCUACCUCCGACAAUCACUAUGCGUGUGACUGGAGAAGCCGAGAUCCAGCAGGUGUUCGAGAUCACUGUCAAGGGACGUGAAAAGACAGCCAUUGCUGGAAGUCGUGUGCGUAACGGUCUGAUCAACAAAACUCGCAAGGUCAGGGUGCUUCGUGGGGACGAGAUAGUCUACGAUGGCACAAUGACCUCCCUCAAGAACGUCAAGAAAGACGUCAUCGAAAUGCGCAAGGACACAGAAUGUGGUAUCGCUUUCGAGAACUGGACAGAUUUCGCACCUGGUGACCAUGUCCAGUGUUAUGAAGAGAUCUCCGAGAAGCGCUAUCUGUGA